AUGUUCAAAGCUAUUUCAUUUAUGUUUCCUCUUCCUACUCUCAAUCUAACCAAUAACAGAAUUAAAACCUUAAAAAAUCUAAUUGAAUUCAAUGGAGGAACUAUAAAUUUAAAUCUUCAAACCCUCAUGAUUGUUGGUUCUGAUGCUUCAAUAGAAUCUUGUCAGAAAUAACUAUAAAAAAUGAAUUUAGACUUUGAUCAUUAUAGAACUUAAUUCAUAAAUGCAGAUUGGAUUUCUUAAUCUCUAUAAGCUAAAAAACUUUUAGAUCUUAAAACAUUUCAAUUAUUUUUAGAUAUAGAGUUAAAAAAAUAACAACAAUUUAGUCCUUAAAAAACAGAUACAAGAUUUGUAUAUAUAGAAUCUUUAGCAAAGACUGUUCCAAUUAAAGAAAGUGCAUAAGAUGAGAUAGAUAUGGAAAGUGAAGAAUAUACAAUUGUUAAACCUGAAUUGAGAGAAAAGUAUGAGAGAAAGAGAUAAGAAUAUAAAAAAUAAAUAAUUAAAGAUAAUCGAUUUAUGUUAGAUUAUGAAUAUGAUAAAGAUCUUGAUAAUUAUCAUCAUCAAGAAGAUGAUGGUUAUGAAUUUUUAUUAGAUGAUUUAUAAAUUUUAAAAAAAGAAGAACAUGAUAUCCCUUAAUAGAAUAAAUUUUAUGGAGAUGAAGAUUGUUAAAUUACAGAAAUUCGUAAACCUCAAAUAGAUGUUUUAUAAGGAUUAGAUAUGGGAAAAGCAGUAGUUAAUAUAGAAUAACCCUUAAUUAAUGCAUAAUUAAAAGAGACUAAGUAAUUUAAUCCAGGAUUCAAAAAACAAAUUCAAUUUUGGGAAAAUAAAAAGGAAUUUUUCAUUUGUGAUGCUGGAUCUGCAUAACAAUGUUUUAAUAAUUAAAUUAUUGAAGAAUUAGAAAAACUACUUAAAAUUUACACUAAUGAAAAAGAUGUAGGAAGAUGUAUUGCAUAUAGAAAGGCUAUUGGUUUUAUUAAGUCAUUAACAUUUCCAAUCAAAUCAAGUGAAGAUUUAAAGGAAAUGCCAACUAUUGGAGAAAAAAUUAAAAAAAAAAUUAUUGAAAUUAUCUAAACAGGUUCAUUAUUAAAAGUUUAAAAAUUAUAAGGACAAGAAAAAAAUGUUGCUAUUACUUAAUUAAUUAGAGUUUGGGGGAUAGGACCUACAACUGCAACUACUUUUUAUUUUAAAGGUAUAAAGACAUUAGAUGAUUUAAAAAAAAAUUAACAUUUGCUAAAUAAAAAUUAAUAAGUUUGUCUGUCAUUAGUUGAAGAAUUAGAAUAACGUAUUCCUAGAGAUGAAGCUACAAUAAUUUAUGAAAUUGUAAAAAGGGAAAUAGAUGACUUAAGUGGAGUGUCUGGAUUGUAUAAAGCUACUGCUUGUGGAUCUUAUAGAAGAGAAAAAGAAAGUUGUGGAGAUAUGGAUAUUUUAAUUACUAGAUGUGAUGGAAAGAAUACUGAAGGUUUUUUAAUGAAUCUAAUAUAAAGAUUAGAAGGGAAAUUACUAACUCAUCAUCUUACAUUACCUAAGAGGGGAGAACAUGAUAAUGAGUCUUAUAUGGGUAUUGGAAGAAUUAGUAAUCAUGGAAUACAUCGUAGAAUUGAUUUAAAAUUAUAUCCUAAAGAACAGUAUGGUUGUGCAGUUUUGUAUUUUACUGGUUCUGAUUAAUAUAACAGAAGUAUGAGAUUAUGGGCAUAAAAGAUUGGAUUUAGUUUAAGUGAUCAUGGUCUCUAUCCAACUUAAAGGGGAUCUCAUAAUAAAAAGAUGUGGAAAGGAGAGGUCAUUGCUUGUGAAGAAGAAAUAGAUGUUUAUAGGAUUCUUGGAUUAUAAUAUAAACCACCUAAAGAGAGAUCGGUAUGA